AUAUGCAUCAGUUUAAUACUGUCUUGGAAUUCAUGAGAUGGAAGCAUAGGUCAAAGCUGUUUGGAGAAAAUUGGAAGUACAGUUUUAUCUAGCCACAGCUCUGAGGGGGAAGAGCUUCCUGGAUUUCCAGGUGCUUCAAGGAGUCAAGAGAAAGCAGUGAAAGUUGGAGUCAUUGUCAAGUGAUUGAGACCUUUUACAAGAAAAUCUCUUUGAAUAAGAGUCAUUAAAAUCAGUGACAUAGCAAGACCAGUUAUUAGAGGUGACAGUAUACAAGAAGCAUUAAAACUGAACAAUGACUCAGCUGUAUAUUUACAUCAGAUUAUUGGGAGCCUAUCUGUUCAUCAUUUCUUAUGUUCAAGGGCAGAAUCUGGACAGUAUGCUCCAUGGUACUGGGAUGAAAUCAGACUCUGACCAGAAAAAAACAGAAAAUGGAGUAACUUUAGCACCAGAGGAUACCUUGCCUUUUUUAAAGUGCUAUUGCUCAGGACACUGCCCGGAUGAUGCUAUUAAUAACACGUGCAUAACAAAUGGGCACUGCUUUGCCAUCAUAGAAGAAGAUGACCAGGGAGAAACCACAUUAGCUUCAGGGUGUAUGAAAUAUGAAGGAUCUGACUUUCAGUGCAAGGAUUCACCAAAAGCACAGCUACGCCGGACGAUAGAAUGCUGUCGGACUAAUUUAUGUAACCAGUAUUUACAACCCACACUGCCCCCUGUUGUCAUAGGUCCAUUUUUUGAUGGCAGCGUUCGCUGGCUGGUUGUGCUCAUUUCUAUGGCUAUCUGCAUAAUUGCGAUGAUCAUCUUCUCCAGCUGCUUUUGUUACAAACAUUAUUGCAAAAGCAUCUCAAGCAGACGUCGUUACAAUCGUGAUUUGGAACAAGAUGAAGCAUUUAUUCCGGUCGGAGAAUCAUUAAAAGACCUUAUUGACCAGUCACAGAGUUCUGGUAGUGGAUCUGGACUACCCUUAUUGGUACAGCGAACUAUUGCCAAACAGAUUCAGAUGGUCCGGCAAGUCGGUAAAGGCCGAUAUGGAGAAGUGUGGAUGGGUAAAUGGCGUGGCGAAAAAGUGGCAGUCAAAGUAUUUUUUACCACUGAAGAAGCUAGCUGGUUUCGAGAAACGGAGAUCUAUCAGACAGUGCUGAUGCGCCAUGAAAACAUACUUGGUUUUAUAGCAGCAGACAUUAAAGGUACAGGUUCCUGGACUCAGCUCUAUUUGAUUACUGAUUACCACGAAAACGGAUCUCUAUAUGAUUUCCUGAAAUGUGCUACACUCGAUACCAGAGCCCUGCUCAAGUUGGCUUAUUCAGCUGCCUGUGGUCUGUGCCAUCUCCACACGGAAAUUUACGGCACCCAAGGAAAGCCUGCAAUUGCUCAUCGAGACCUAAAAAGCAAAAACAUCCUCAUUAAGAAAAAUGGAAGUUGCUGUAUUGCUGACCUGGGCCUUGCUGUUAAAUUCAAUAGCGACACGAACGAAGUUGACGUACCCUUGAAUACCAGGGUGGGCACCAAACGCUACAUGGCUCCGGAGGUGCUGGAUGAGAGCUUGAAUAAAAACCACUUCCAGCCCUACAUAAUGGCCGACAUCUACAGCUUCGGCCUGAUCAUUUGGGAAAUGGCUCGUCGUUGUGUCACAGGAGGGAUAGUAGAAGAGUACCAGUUGCCUUAUUACAACAUGGUACCCAAUGACCCGUCAUAUGAAGAUAUGCGUGAGGUGGUGUGUGUCAAACGCCUGCGGCCAAUUGUGUCCAAUCGAUGGAACAGCGAUGAAUGUCUACGAGCAGUUUUGAAGCUCAUGUCAGAAUGCUGGGCCCAUAAUCCAGCCUCCAGACUUACAGCUCUGAGAAUCAAGAAGACACUUGCCAAGAUGGUUGAAUCCCAGGAUGUAAAGAUUUGAUGGCUAAACAGUCCUGAGGAGGAAUUUGAGACUGCAGGAACUGUUUUCACCCAAGGAACGGUGGAAGUUGAGCAGAGUAAGGAUGCUAACGUGGUUCUCAGACUCCUUCCUCACUACACCUUCACUGGCUGCUAAUAUGAAACCUUCCAGUCCUCUGUAGAAUACAAGCUGGGAACUUCUAAACACUUCGUUCUUUAUAUAUGGACGGCUUUAUUUUAAAUGGUUUUUGAUGCCUUUUUUUUUUCAAUUGAGUUUUUAUGAACUACAUCAAGACUUCAAUCCUGAUUAAUAAGUCUCCAAACUCUGGGUACUGAAUUCCCUGUUCAUAAAAUGGUGCUUUCUGUGAAAGCCUUAAGAAGACAAAUGAAUUCAGCAGAGAUGGAGAAAUUCACACCUUUGCCUUCUGCCUGAGGAAGUUUAAUCUGUACUCCACCUUUGUAAACAGCCUAUGGAUUAUGAUCUGUUGGGGAUACUCCCUAGUUUAUGGUAGUUUGUCAUGCUUUGAUGUUGGUGUACACACACACACACACACACACACACACACCAGGAUUCUUCUGCUGCCUUUCGAAUUAGAAGGAAAGAAUUUAUGAAUGCACAGGAAGAUAUUGGUGACUAUUGGUUUUGUGCUUUAAAAAUCAUUACCUGACCAAGAUUCUCCAAUCCUGUAAAAGCCAUUUAUUUACCUUGCAAGUGAGCAAGCUUUUCUGCCAACUUUAUUUUUUAACACAAAAGUUGAUACAAAAGCCAAAAGAACUAUAAAGUGUCUGUAAAUUUGGUCUGUUUUCCUUUCAUUACCAUCUUUUUCUCCCUCCCUCCCUCCCCACCCGCUUCCCCUCCCCUCCUCCCCCCUUCUUUCCAUCUCUUUUCUUUCUUUCUGUUUGGUAAUUCGCACUUUUGUCAUGAGAAUCCUCUUCUCCAAAGUUGGAACUUCCAAUGCCAUGAACCUUCUAAAGAAAAACACUUCUUAUUGAAGUGAACUGCUCAUUACUGCAUUUCAUAGCAAUGUAAGUGCCUAUAACCAUGUUCUAUAUUCUUUAUUCUCAGUAACUUUUAAAAGGGAAGUUAUUUAUAUUUUGUGUGUAAAGUGCUUUAUUUGCAAAACACCUCUUUUACAACCAUACUUUACAUAUGUACAUACAUGCAUACUGUAGAAACCAGCGCCUGUGACCUCAUAUCCCAUUCUUAAGGGGAUAAAAUGAAAAUACCAGAAAAAACAUAAAGUAGAACUACAUAUAAAUUUUCAGAAUUAGUGCAUUCAAAAUCAUAUAUCAAAUCUCGGACUUUGUUAUUUCAGGCAUAGACUUUCCAUAAAGAUGCUGUCAUCUCAUGUUUUCUUUGUGAAGGGAUCCUCCAAUUGAGAAUUUCUAUUUCAGGGCUGAUAUAAACUUAUCAACAACUCUUUUGGGCAUUUAAAGCAUUUGAGACUUUUGGUUUUAUGAUUUCUGUUCCAUAACUUGUGAUGACAAUGAAGAGUCAGGCAAAAAGAGUUUGGUGUCUAGAGAUAUGACUAUAGACUGAAACGUCUAUAGACAUGACCUGUGUCUGUCCCAUAGAGCUGUUACUCACAGCGCUGCGUGUUUUAUGCAUGCCUUGUUACCCCAAGGAGUAAUUCAGAUUUACUUACACUUACACUUCUGUAAUGCCUUUACAUGUUAAUGUCUUAUCCUGAACAAACAGCUCAUGGGUGCAGAAAGUGAAUGGUUUUUUUAAUGUAACAUAAAAUAAAUGUGAUUAUAUCACAACAUAGUUAAAAAAAAAUGUAAAGGGGAGGAAUCAGAGCAUGUAUCCAUUUAUUGCCAAAAAUCUGGCGUUUAAGGAUGAAACUCUUAGGUGUUUACCUAUACAUCAAACUUCACAAAUGUGAGAUUUUCUUGAACAGUUUUGACUAAGUUUAAUAGUUUUCAUCUAACAUAAGGUCUGAAGUGUUCAUCAGAAGCAGUAAAUGUAUAUAUUGAUAGUAUUGCCAUAACAUGCUCUUCCAGAAUGUUCUCCCUGUGUCUGUACUGACAGAUUCUAAUCCAUGUUGCUCUGUGAUUUAAGAACACUUCUGAGCUCUGAUCAUAAUUCGAGGUUAACCAUGCUUUAUUUUUAUUGGAUAAAUUAUAAAUCUUGAAAAUUAUUUGUCAUCUUAAUAACAAAGUAUGUAAAGAAAGGCAAACUCUUUUCUUAGAAAUGUUAAAAUAGCGUGAGAGCAGACAAUUACAGAUAGUAUAUAAGUAGAAGACCACUAUAAUGAUUUUUUUAAUAAAUGUAUAAAAAGUGGUAUCAAGAAUUAACUUCAGCAGCUUGUUUAGUGAAAAUAUUUUCUAAGAUAGCAUGGUCUUUAAAAAGCAAAUGAUGCCAUAUUUCAAAUACUAAAGCCCCAAAAUAUGCAUGAAACUUAUUUUCUUCUCUCCUUUCUACUCUCACUUUUCAGUUUCUAAGUUUCUCCAAUAACUGAACUAUUUAAAGACUAAGAGGGAGUAUUGCAUAGUACAAUGUAGUUAAUAAUUUGUAAAACCCCAGGAGCCAUUAUUUGGCCCCACUUAGAGUUUAGCUUGAAUCUAGUUUCUCUGAAAAUGUCUUCACAAAAGAUAUUCCGGUCAAUGUUAGAAGUGUCCCUAAACUUAGAGAGUGACCUAUAGCUUUUGAAAAUUAUGUUUUCCAGAAUGUGCCAGAUUUUUUAUUUAUGCAAUCUAAAAACAGUACCUUUUUCUUUUCCUACACUUUACUUCUGUUUAGAACAAAAAACGUACUACGACUUUUAAAAAAAUCAUGUAUCUCUUAAACUGGCCCAAGAUCAAAUUUGGUAUUGGAUAAUUUAUUCCAGACAAAAUUUCAUAAAUUAAAUAAUUUAUGAAACUUUUCAUACAUGUUGUUUGGAAAUGUUCCAGAUCUAAAACAACCUCAAAAGUAGAAACACUAGUUGAUUUUUUAAAAAAAAGAUUGUUGUAGCUCUUGUACCGUCGGAAGGGGUGUACUUAUUAUUUGCUUGGGUCAGCUGUGAACAUCGGGUAGCAUCGUCCUGCCCGGUGCUGUUACGGGAGUGAGUCCCAGUGAGAACCGCCGGGAGCCGACAUGUGCAAACACCCAGCCAAGUCCGGGCGGCGGCACGUGAGGCCACAGGUGACGGUCAUCCCGCAAGGAAAGUGUGUGAAUACGGCUCUUGCAAAGGAUUAAAUCUAUUGUCAUUUUAGCUUGUGCUCUGUACUAUGCUUUCAGUGGAAUUAUUUAAGCCCUUUUAGUGACCAUUGUCCUUGCCCAUUUAAAAACUAAAAUGUAGUAUAUAUAUAUUGUAUAAAAUGAAAAUAUCAUUAUAGCUUAAUUAGGGAAGUUGUACAUAGACAUUGAAAGAAGGGUAAAAAACAGUUUUAUUAUGCAAAUUGUAAAACACCAAAAAUAUAGAUUCAUCUUUGAUAUGUAACACACUAAAUGUAUUUUGUACAGCAUCUGGUUUAAAAGGUGCCUUAUUAAGUUUACCAUUAAUUGCUUUGUUCUAUAUAUAGAUUACAUCCAAUGUAUCAUUUUUAAGUAAAUAACCUUAUUUUAGUAUA